AAGCCGCGAAUCCCCGCGGUUGCGGUGAAACAACGCGUCAGCGCCGGACUCUCGCGGCAUCACAGACCCUGCGGGUUUCUGGAUCCAGGCGCUCCCCCUCGCCAUUGUCCUGCUUCCUGCGGAAUCCAAUCGAAGAGUAAUGGAUUCGUAUAAAAGCUAGGGAGCUUUUCCCCCGGUCCCCCAAAGGCUCGCUCGCGGAAAGAAAGAAGAUAGCGGGAAAGGGGAGAAGAGAGAUGGAAGGCAAGCAGGAGGGUCGGUGGGGUGCUUGGGCGAUGGGCACGCCGGCGGCACCCCAGGCCCACCAGGCCAACCAGCAGGCUGCCACCUGGGUCUCCGUCGAUUACAUCCCCUCCUCCUCCUCCUCCUUCCCCCAAGCCACCGCCUCCGCCCGCUACAUGAACAACUCCGUCCCUCCGUCCGCCUCAUCCGACCACGUUGGUGGUGGUGGGGGCAACGGUGGCAACCCUUAUGUGCAUGUGUCCCCUGCCCCCGGAUCCACCGGUCCGACGGAGAUGAUCCUCAGAAUGCUGAACCGGUGCGGCAAGAAGCUGGAAGACCACGGCAGGAAAGCAGGGGACGCCGCCGGAAACGUCUGGCACCACCUUAAAACUGGUCCUAGUGUUACCAACGCAGCCAUGGCUAGGCUUGCACAAGGAACAAAAGUGCUUGCAGAAGGUGGACGUGACAAGGUUUUUCAGCAGACAUUUGGUAUUCUUCCAGGAGAACAACUGAAAAAUGCAUAUGCUUGUUAUCUCUCUACUUCAUCAGGCCCGGUGAUAGGAACUCUUUAUAUAUCCACAAGAAGGCUUGCUUUUUGUAGUGAUAAACCUCUCUGCCACAAUGUCUCCGAAGUUCAGCAGGAGUGGAUCUAUUACCAGGUUGUUGUGGGACUGGAGCAGCUGAGAUCAGUUAAUUCUUCAGCUAAUGUUGGGAACCCUGCAGAGAAAUACAUCCAGAUCAUUACCAUGGACAACCAUGAAUUCUGGUUCAUGGGCUUUGUAUCAUAUGAUAAAGCCUUGAAGAAUCUCAGGGAAGCUCUACAGCAUUCCGAUUGAUUUGGCUCUAAUAUACAUUGCUAAAGUUACCAUCCUUCAACAUCUGAUCAGAAUGCUGGCAGUUCACGGGGAGGACUGAUGGAAUUUGGUUUGAAUGCAUCAUGUUGUAAGAACAUAUUUACAGUGUGUUAUAUGCAUAGACAGUUUGAGACCUCCAUGGAUGUAUAAAAGCAUAUGAUUUCCCACAAUAUCACUGCUUUGGGGAAUGACAUGCUGCACAUAAAAUGAUAUGAAGCAUGAUUCCCCACAAUAUCACUGUUUUGGAGAAUGACAUGCUGCACAUAAAAUGAUAAGAAAUUUUGUGUUAACAAGCUUGCAAAA